AUUAUUACAGCCGAGAGAUGAAGGGCGCGCGCAUUAUUCAAUCAGAAUUCUAGCGCGGCAUUCGUCGGCAGAUCGGCAGCAAGAUGCGCCGCGUUUCGUCCGCCGCUCUCCUCUUGGUUUCGGCCCUGCUGGCCGUCGGCGCCACUGACCUUCCGGAGAGAGUUUUUCCGGCCGACUCUGAGCUGAUCUACAAUUAUCUGGGCCAUGUGAGCGCCGGCACUGCUCAGCCCCAGGAGUACCUCUCGCACUUUUCCAUUCAGGGCAAGCUCAGGGUGCAAACCGUCGGCGAGAAGGCCAAGUUCAGGUUGGAGGAUGUCUUGCUCAGUUCGUACAAUGGCAAGGGCAAUCGGCACAAAUUGCCAGAGGGCGAGUUUGUCUCCAUCCCGGCGCCGCAAGAUGCUAAAGCCAUCAAUAAACCGUUCGUCGCCGUUUUCAGUAGUGGGAAGGUCGUUUCAUUCGAGUAUGAAAGUUCGGACACGCUGUGGUCACGCAAUCUGAAAAGGUCAAUCGUGGCGCAAUUCCAGGUCGACCUCAAGGAGUUCUCCUUUGAAUUGCCCAGAGUUUUCACUGCCGAUGAGAUGGGAAUUUCGGGCGAGUGCAAAACGGAGAACGUAAUCGUGUACGGCGGGAAGCCGGACAGCUUCGUCCUGAGGAAGUCACAGGACGCCUCUCGCUGCAAAGGCCCCAAGUACUGGUUCGACAACCUGUCGCUCACCUCGUGCUCCACCACCGAGCCCAAGAGCCCUAUUUCAACGUCAACGGAGCGAAACUACGAGCUGCAGCUAGAAAAGUCAAGUGUGAUAAUUAAGAAAAUCAAAUCGAGAAGCGUGACCUCCUUCCAGCCGCUCUGGGUCAAGGGUGAACUGCAGUACAUCUUCAUUAACCAAACUUUUACAAAGGAAAGCAGAGACUCGAUUUCUGUUCCGUUGGUUGUGAGCGAGACGACGCCAUCGACGCUGACCUACGAGUUCCAGGAUUCGGCCUCGGGCUCAGGUCCUGACAUGGUCUUUGAGAGGUACUCUCUCACUACGGACGAACUUGUUGCCCUGACGAGAAAAAGUUUGAUCAAAACUGCGGACAAGCUUAACGAGGAGCUUGGCGAAGACGUAAAUAAACUUUAUGACACCAGCUCGUACCAUCUGAUCGCGUUCAUGCGCCACCUGGACCUCAAGAGUCUCCGCCAGGUAGCCGACUUUGCUAUGCUUGGAACUAGCUACAAGGAUGAAAGCAUCAAGCAGCUGUUUAUUUCGUACCUGCCCAAGGUGGGCACAUACUCGUCGGUGCUGUUGAUGCGCGACCUGAUUGUGCAGCGCGAGUUGGAUGUGAAGCAGUCACUAAAGGUGUUAGUCGACCUGCCGUUCAACCUCAGGUACCCGAACGUGGCUCUACUAAAGGAGUGCAAAGGGUUCCUCAGCCUUGAGGAUCACGAUCCGGCUGUCCGAAAAACCGCCGUGCUAACCUUUGCCUCCAUGGUUGGAAAAAUCUGCCAAACAGGACAGUGCCCACCAGCCAUCCUCGACGAGUAUGUCAAGAUUUUGUUCUCCAGACUCAGAGACGCAAAGGAAUACGACGAGCAGAUGUUAUACAUCAAUGCCAUGGGCAAUGUCAGGAUUGGGCCGGUCACCGGCUACCUUGAGCCGAUCAUCAGCGGAAAGCUCACCUACCCACGUCAGCUUCGGUUCUUAGCCGUUUGGGCCGUCGCCGAUGAAAUCGUUACGAACCCGGCAAAGGUGCAUGAGAUUUUCUGGCCGAUUCUAGCAGACCGUCGAAACGACCUGGAGAUACGGGUUGCUGCUUUGACUUUGUUGCUCAAGUCGCAGCCAACAACCGACCGCUUCAUGAACCUGCUCUGGUACAUGGUGUCUGACCCCAACUACCAGCUCUAUCAAUACUUCUACACGACCAUCCGCUCGCUCACAAACACCAAGUUCCCCUGCUACUCGAAAUUGGCAACUGCCGCUCAGCAAAUUGUUAAAAUGCUGCCUAAAUUGCCAAACAAGAAGGCCAUGCUAACUACCAGCAACGAAAUUCUUGAUUUCAUUGACCCCGACGUUGAGGCAGGUUCCAUGUACCAGGUCAUCGCGAUCGGAAGUGAACGCAGUGCCGUCAGCGACCUCAUAUACUUCCACGCAAUCACACACAAGCAAGGCCAAGUGUUCAACCCCUAUUCGAUUUUCCUCCGAACUGAAGGAUUUGACGAGUUCAGGGCAGAUUCUGCUUUGAAAGUCAGUGCAGAGGAUCCAGCGGGAGCUGAGAAUGAUUUGCAAACGCUUUUUGACAAACUGAAAGUUCAAAGGCGACAGUCGGACAAAAUUCAUGUAGAGCUUGUCUUAAAGGUGCAAGGACGCGCUGUCAUCAGCGAGUACUUUAACGAAACUGGAAUUAAUAAAAUGGUGACCGUUCUGUCGCACAUCCAGCGCUCAUCUUUGUCACACCACCUGAACUACCAGACCCUGGAGCAGGCCGCGUUUUUCGAGUCCAUUUUCCCAUCAGAUCUCGGCUCUGCCAUUAUCAUCGAGUCAAGCACCCUGCCUCAGAUGGACAUCAGAGGAAAUUUCACCUACAACGUCAAGGCACCGACCAUGGCCUUCAACGUCUCCCUAGCCUCCAAGUUCGAGGUGCGUCGCGGGUAUGGUCUGCGCAUUUUCAACCCAGUGUCGGCGCUGUGGCACGGCGCGCACAGACCCAGCGUUCAGGUUAUCAGUUUCCCGAUCGACUUUGGCCUGUCGUUCGACAUGCAACAAAAGACCUUUAAAACACGGCUCGGCUGGAACAAAGAUGUGCCCCUCUUCAACUCGUUGAGCCACGGCCGCAGCAAGGUUUAUGUCACGGGCUCCUCUGCCCCGCAAAAGGCAUUGCUCACGCAGACGUGUCCUCAGUGCAAGGCGUUCACCGAGGUGAGGGCCAGCGAUACCACCUCGGACAGAGAAAUCUUUAAGUUCAACCCAUGGGACUCGGGCGUCGAGUUUCGUCUCGCCACCUUCGACUGCGAUGGAAAACUCGAUAUUGCCACACCCUUCCUGAAGCCGCUGUUCCUCAAAAGGUUCUCCAAUUACGGGUAUGAAGACUUUGAUCUGGAGAGUUUUCUGAGCGUCUUGGCGAUUCAGACAGACAUGCUUCUGGCAAUUGACCCUUUGCUGAACAGCUGCGGGCGUCACUUCAGCGUGACCCCCGUGGGUGACACGUCUGGGGUCGAGACGGUUUUCAAAAUGGAGAACGGCAAGGAAAACGCUGAAAAGCGACUCUACCGCUUCCUGACAAACGUGUUCGGCACCGACGGCCACGUGACUAAGACCUGGGACACCAACAUCAUCUCCGACGGCACUGAAAACGAGACAAAGUUAAACUUGAAGGUUAAAAUUGCCUUCAAGAGAGAAAGCGGACCAAACUAUGUGACAUGUCUGAAGGUGGACAACACGUACCCUGAGCGCGGCCCCGAGACCUACUGGGAUCAGCUAGGCCAGCCGUACGAGUCUCGCAAGACCCAGCACCACUUGGCCUUGGAGUUCGGAGUGAGCGAGGAGGCCAAGUGUCCCGUGGGCAAGGGGGCUCGCAUCGAGUUGGUGGCCUCGACCGACCACCAGGGCCUGGAUGAGAACGUGUGGCCUUUCUCAACUUGUCUCGACCAACGCAAGAGGCAGAACUUCCUCGACUCGAAGGGCAACCUGCUCUUCCCCGCCACGUUUGCCUGCGCCAUGAGCUCGUGGGGCCCCAGACCCAGAAACAUCUCGAUGACCCUCUCAGUCAGCAACAUUCCUGGGAUUGACACGGUGGCCAACAAUCAGAUCGGCGCAAGCAUGAUCAAAAGGGAAGGCAAAAGUUACUCCAUGAACGUGGAGACCGCACACGCACUCAAGGGUGACUCGCUGCUGGUAAGGAUGAAGUCGGACGGCGGCACCGACAAGGAGUUCAAACUCCCUCUGCCCUUCAGUUCGGCGCCCUACAUCGUUUCCGAGACGCUCGCUCACUACCCCUCAGUGCAGAAUCUUGAAAUGGCUCUCGAUAUGAUUCACCCUUGCUUGCUGGCGGGAGGAAAAGUCAUGACCUUUGACAACGCGAGUCUGCCCUUUGAGGCGCAAGACCAGUUCACCUUGAUUUCGGCGGUUUGCACGGAAAACUCGCCAUUUGCUGUUUUCGCACGCAAAACCGACGGUGCAGAUGCUUUGACGGUUAAAGUUUUCCUUGAUGGCCACGAGAUCAACAUCGAGCCAAGCAACGGCCACAAGUCAAAGGUCACCAUCGCUGGUGGCGAGCAGGUCAAGGAUCUCAAGACGCAGGGAAUCACGAUUACGCAGCGGGAGAAGGGGAAGGUGGACAUAAAGCAGGGGAACUUUUAUGUGCGCAACACUGACGUGAACCUGGCCGUGCUGGUGCCGUCAACCUACGACCGAUACUACUGCGGCGUGUGCGGCGACGCCAACAAGGUGCCCGAAUACCAGGAAACCCUGGGACCGGAGGGAAAUAAAAUUUCCACCAGCGAUUUGCUCCAAGCUUACACAUUGCAAAACUAGAUUUACGUGAAUAAAAGCUAGAAAUAAAAUUUUUGUCCUUUUCAUCCUUCAA